CUCCUCGUGAUGACAGCAAAUGACAGCACUGUUCGCUCCUGCAGCAGCCAGCAGUGUGAGACGGCCAACCGCCAACAAACAACUCCUCUGAUUCGAGAAAUCUCAUGAUCGGCUGUGUUUGGAGAAAUAGUAAACAACCAGUACACGCUAAUUACAUCUUGUCCCUCCUGUGCUCCAGUCGCUGACCUCUCUGCCUGUGUGAGCUGGGGAAGAUGGUGAAGCCAGACAUCCACACUCUGGCCCACCACCUGAAGCAGGAGCGGCUGUACGUGGCAUCAGAGAAGCAGCUGAUCCAGAGGCUCAACAGUGAUGUGCUGAAGACAGCCGAGAGGCUGUACCGGGCCGCGUGGAUCGCCAAGCAGCAGAGGAUCAACCUCGACCGUCUUAUUCUCACCAGUGCGGAGGCCUCUCCGGCUGAAUGCUGCCAACAUGCCAAAAUGCUGGAAGACACACAGUUUGUCGAUGGCUACAAGACUCUGGGCUUCCAGGAGACGAUCUAUGGCGAGUUCUUGGCCAGGUUAUGGGAGAACCCCAGACUGGUGGCUUCCUGUCUGGUGGCAGGAGAGAGGCUGAACCAGGAGAACACCCAGGCGGUCACACAUACCGUCUUCACCGCACUUUAUGGCAACUGUAUUAUGCAGGAGGAUGAAAGCUACCUGCUACAGGUGCUGCGAUACCUGGUGGAGUUUGAGCUGAAGGAGAGUGACAACCCUCGGCGCCUACUGCGACGGGGGACUUGCGCCUUCAGCGUCCUUUUCAAGCUCUUCACCGAAGGCCUGUACUCGGCCAAGCUCUUCCUCACCGCCACCCUCCACGAACCCAUUAUGCAGCUGCUGGUGGAAGACGAAGACCACCUGGAGACGGACCCUGCCAAGGUGACGGAGCGCCUCACUCCGGCCCAGCAGGAACGCUUCGGAGAGAAGGGUUCGGAGGGCUACAAGCAAAGGGUGCAGGCCGCCGUGGAGGCCAACGAAGCCAAGCUGGUCGCUCUGGUCAACAAGUUCAUCGGCUACCUGAAGCAGAACACCUACUGCUUCCCCCACAGCCUGCGCUGGAUCGUGUCACAGAUGUACAAGACUUUGUCGUGCGUGGAGCGUCUCGAGGUGGGCGAGGUGCGCACCAUGUGUACAGACCUGCUGCUCACCUGCUUCAUCUGCCCAGCCAUAGUCAACCCCGAGCAGUAUGGUAUCAUCUCAGACGCACCCAUCAACGAAGUAGCCCGCUUCAAUCUAAUGCAGGUUGGGCAGCUUUUGCAGCAGUUGGCCAUGGCUGAUGAUGAUGCAGACCCAAGGCGGAAAAGCAGUUUGUCCAAAUUUGAUAAGAGUUGUGUAGCCGCCUUUCUGGAUGUGGUUCUUGGGGGAAGAGCAGUCGAGACCCCACCCAUGUCCUCAAUGAACCUUCUAGAAGGCCUCAGUAGGACUGCGGUCUAUAUUACACAUAAUCAGCUGCUCAUGCUGGUGGACUUUGUGCGGAAUGUGAUGGCAGGGGACCACCUUCGGGAGGAGGAGCACAUGGCUCUGGAGACCCUGCUGGCCAACGUGCCCCAGUCUCGAACUGUGAAGAGCAACAGUCUGGAGCUCACCCCCUCCAACACCCCUCAGCUCUCCCCAGCUACCACCCCUGCCAACAAGAAGAACAGGCUCCCCAUAGGACAACACUUAGCCGCUAUAACGUCCUGGGACCCCACCACCACCGCUCUGUCUGCUCACAUUCCAUUAGUAACCCCUUUUGCGGAUUAUGGCUUUUCACUACCAGCGGCUCGGAGCCGCAGCCGUACCAACAUCGCCCAGGAGGGGGAGGCAGAGGCCAGCUCCCAGGAGUCCCUGCAGGAGCUGAUGCCAGAGGAGGUGCUGGUGAUUUCACUAGGAACUGGUCCUCAGUCUGUCCCUGGGAUGAUGUCAGAGAAUGAGGUCUUGAACCUGCAGAUGGCUGAUGGGGCCCAGGGGGACGGCCAUGCUGAUGAUACUAAGCUGCACGGUAAACCAGACAAAACCCUGCGCUUCUCCCUCUGCAGUGACAACUUGGAAGGCAUCUCAGAGGGUCCGUCCAAUCGUUCUAACUCUGUGUCUUCUCUGGACCUGGAGGGAGAGUCUGUCUCGGAGCUAGGAGCCGGACCGUCGGGGAGCAACGGGGUGGAGGCUCUACAGCUUCUGGAGCAUGAACAGGCCACCACUCAGGACAACCUGGACGACAAACUGCGCAAGUUUGAGAUCAGAGACAUGAUGGGUCUGACAGAUGACCGGGACAUCUCCGAGACGGUCAGCGAAACCUGGAGCACCGAUGUGCUCGGCAGUGACUUUGACCCCAACAUGGAUGAAGACCGGCUGCAGGAAAUAGCAGGGGCAGCUGCGGAGAACAUGCUCGGCAGCCUGCUGUGUCUUCCUGGCUCGGGUUCAGUGCUGCUGGACCCCUACGGCUCCACCAUCUCGGAGACCACAAGCGAGGCGUGGAGCGUGGAGGUCCUCCCCAGCGACUCAGAAGCCCCAGACCUGAAACAGGAGGAGCGCCUGCAGGAGCUGGAGAGCUGCUCCGGGGUUGGCAGUACGUCCGAUGACACCGAGGUCCGAGAGGUCAGCUCCAGACCCAGCACACCCGGCCUCAGUAUUGUCUCAGGCAUCAGUGCAACCUCAGAAGACAUCCCCAACAAGAUCGAGGACCUGCGGUCAGAGUGCAGCUCAGACUUUGGAGGGAAGGACUCUGUGACCAGUCCAGAUGGGGAGGAGUCAGGCCACGGAGCACAUCAUCCGACAUCUCCGCCCUCACAGACCGAUUCCUUACUGGCCAUGUUUGAUCCCCUCUCCUCCGCCGAAGGCUCCACUGGAACAAUAGUGAGGCCCAAAGUGCACUACGCCAGGCCCCCUCACCCUCCCCCAGAUCCUCCCAUCCCUGAAGCCAGCGCCCUGGGGCCCGAGACGCGCCACUCUCUCUUCACGCCCCACUGCCUGGCCCAGGCCGAGCUGGAGCACACCAAGCAGCGCCACUCCUUCCCCGACAGGCUGGUCCGGAGCCGCAGCUCCGACAUUGUGUGCCCAGGCCGCCGGCCCACUAGCGACCCCGGCCUUAACCGGCGGGUCGCGGUGGAAGAGCGCGACCCUGCCGGAGCCUUCACCUUAGGGCCGUCCUCGUCCCCCAGCAAAGACUCCCUCAAAGGAGAGGUUGAGGACAGGAGUGACGACGAGAAGUCUGAUCGCAACAGGCCAUGGUGGAAGAAACGUUUUGUGUCGGCCAUUCCAAAAGUGCUGUAUUGGACGGCUGAGAGUGACGUCCCAGCGCCCAUAGCUGCGUUUCGGAAAAGGGACAAGCAGGAGAAAGACGACGUUGUCCCGGAGCGUGUCCCCCAAGAUGACCCGUUGCCCAGACAGAGCUCUCAUGCGCAGGCAGCUGAAGACAUCCUGGACAAGUACAGGAACAUCAAGAGGACGAGCCCGAGUGAUGGAGCCACAGGUGGAGCUUCUUACGAUGUUACAGGAGAUCUUUGUGUUGAGGACAGCGUGCACGACUCUCCUAGAGAAGACGCUCUGCAGAACAUUUCUGCAGACGACCUCCCAGACUCAGCCAGCCAGACGGCACAGCAGCAUGACUGCAAGUUCUCUUUCAGUGAUGCGAAGAAGAAGUUGAGGUUGGCGUUGUGUUCUGCAGACUCAGUGGCUCUGCCCAUCAUGGUCCCUGCAACCACACGAAACGGGCUGCCUGACCACAUGGACUCUGAAGAAAAUUUGAUCGUCUGCUUCCUGAAGAUCCAGCUAGCAGAGGCCAUCAACCUGCAGGACAAGAACCAGAUGGCCCAGAUCCAGGAGACCACGCGCUGCGUCGGCCGCUUCGACCCACGCACCUGCAGGAAGCUGCUGGCUGCCAUCGCCGAGGAUUACAGAAAGCGGGCGCCGUACAUAGCUUAUCUGACCCGGUGUCGCCAGGGCCUGCAGACGUCCCAGGCCCACCUGGAGAGGCUCCUCCAGAGGGUGCUCCGAGACAAGGAGGUGGCCAACCGCUACUUCACCACCGUGUGUGUCCGCCUCCUUCUGGAACACAUGGAGGCCAAGAUGCUGGACUUCAUUAAAGCGUUCCAGGGGUGCACAGCGUCGGAUGACAAGACGGCAGCCGUGGAGGAUUUUCUGCGCUACUUGUACGGCGCCAUGGCCCGUGAUGCCAUUUGGCAGUACGCUAGCGAGGACCAGCUGCAGGACGCCCAGAUGGCUAUCGAGCGCAGCGUCAUGAACCGCAUCUUCAAACUGGCCUUCUACCCCAACCAGGAUGGAGAUAUUCUCCGAGACCAGCUUUUCCAUGAACAUAUCCAGCGGCUCACAAAAGUUGUGACGGCCAAUCAUAAAGCUCUUCAAAUCCCAGAGGUUUACCUGAAGGAGGCUCCGUGGCCCUCUGCACAGUCCGAGAUCAGGACCAUCAACGCGUACAAGACGCCACGAGACAAAGUCCAGUGUAUACUGCGCAUGUGUUCCACCAUCAUGAACCUCCUCAGUCUGGCCAAUGAGGACUCCGUCCCUGGAGCGGAUGACUUUGUCCCUGUACUUGUCUUUGUCCUCAUAAGGGCAAACCCGCCCUGCCUGCUGUCCACCGUUCAGUACAUCAAUAAUUUCUACGCCAGCCGGCUGAGUGGGGAGGAGUGCUAUUGGUGGAUGCAGUUCACCGCGGCGGUGGAAUUCAUUAAGACCAUCGACGAUCGCAAGUGAAGCAGAACAGCCACCUGUAUGGGCAGACUGCGGGGGAAGGAGCCGGGAGACUGGGAGACUUCCCAACCAACUGCUCCCUCUGCACAGCUUAGAAAGCCUGGCCCUCAGCCUGCUCUGUAUUUGUAUAGCUUGUACAUAGCCAGAGACGUUGAAAGAGUACAAAAAAAAUAUAUAUUACUGUAUGUAUGUGGACAAAUCCAGGUUUGAGCCGCGCUGAAAAACAAACAAACAGCCUUGGGUUAAAAAAAAAAAAAAAAGAAAAAAAAAAAUUGGCAAGAUGUUAACUCUGAAACCGGAUUUGGAUUUUUUUUAUUUUAUUUUUUUUUUGUGUCUUUAAUCACGUUUCGGGUCCAUAUUAGGAAUUUUAUAUAUACACAAACACCAAUAUGACAUUAAAUCAACCCAAAAGAUAAUCCUAUAUAAAGGGACCAGACUUCCUUGAUGUGAUCACUGAUCUUUAUCUAUAUUUCCCCCCCCCCAAGUGAGAAGGAAGGGCUUCCAAUUAAAUUACAAUAUAAAUGUUCAUUAAAUGCAUUGUAACGUGGGGAUAGACAGUGCGUGGUAGUUACUGAUUAGAUUUAGUGACUCAUUAACACUGAGAUCAAUUCCAUACUACUCAUAAGGUAAGUGUAUCAAAGCAAGUAGGGCAGCUUUUUUCAUGGAUUGUUUACAUCAUCUUUAUUCCCAACAAGCAAGUGUGUCAGUGACAAUUUGGACAUAAGGGCCCACAUAUUUAUAUGAAAUAAAAAUGUAUUUAUUUCUGUAGUUCUAUUUAAUGCUUUUGUUUGUCUAAUUUAAAAAAAAAAAUAAAUAAAAAAUGAAAAUGCAUUUCAUGCCCAUUCAAGAUGUCUGAGGCAAGUGCUUAUAUAUAAAGUAAAUCAACUUGCUAGAAAAGCUCGAGGUUAGGAAGGCACCUUAGCGAUGAGUAGGUGGGAAUGCUGGUGGAUUGUGAUACAGGGUCAACUCAUGCACAGAGUAGUGGUGGCAUUUCUGGAAAUAUUGAAAACAAAUUGUGCCUUUUUUAACGUGGGGCGCUCUGUACAGGUAGUUAUAUUUGACGAUUAUUUUUAACGCAGCAUAGGCAUUAUAUCCUCUCCCCCCACCCCACCACACCCCAAUGGGCCAACCACAUCUCACUGAGAAACCUUUGUCCCGCCCCCGCUGCAGGAACAUCCACAUCCCCCAUUGUCAUGGCUCAGUCCCUUUUUUUUUAAAUGCACUUGAAUUUGAACAAAUAUCCCCUUUUGGUAUUCUAGAUCCUACCUCAGAGUUGAAACCAAUGAGCCUGAUUAUGACUGUCCUGCAUUGGUUGUCAACAGUACUGGAUCUUUUUUUUUUUUGCACUGGUAAGAAAUAGUAAAACAGUAAAGGGGGGGGGGGGGGGGGGAAAAGUUGGAUAUUGAGCUGCUGCGAUGCUUGUUGUGCUCACAUCACCCAUGAUUAACACACGCCUUUGUUAGCGAACAAAGAUCUUUUUAGUUUCUAAUCGUAUACCUGAGAUGCCACGUGGGCACACUAGUGAACUAUAGAUAUUAGCUCUCUACCUCCUCAUAAGUUCAAGAAAGGGACUCGUCUUUAUGUGCACUUUUUUUUUUUCCUCUCCCCAAUUUGGCGUGCUGUGAUAUCCCAGUGUCAUUGUACCUUUCCAAAUAUAGUCCAAGCAUGUCUUUAAUUAUCCAGAAAUGACUAAAAACUCCUCUCUCUCCCUCUCUCUCUUGAAAUCCUCUGCUUCAUUUUUUGUGCACAGACGUGCCACGUGUAUUAUAGUUUUUCGAUAAUCCAUUACUUUUCACAGUAACUGACCUGACAGCACAAUACACCGUAGGAUAGAAGAGCAAAUAAUCAACACUAUUGACUUGUUACUGAUUUUUAUUUUUAUUUUUCUUCUUUUCUUUCAGUUUAUGCUAAAGUGGUUGGCGUAGUACGUGAGCGUGGUUUUUAUCCAGUGCGUGCGAGAUGGCCGUGUGAUUGGUUGACCCUCUGCCUCCUCUUGCAUGAAGUCAUUGAGUGGUCUGUACAUUCUCGAUCAUGAUAAACAGACUAGCGUUAGCAUCUGCCACAGGCCAGUAAUUAAACCUGCAAGAGGACGCAAAGUUUCCCUUUGUGUCCGUGAUACUUAUGUAUCAGAAGUAUCGAUGAUUUAUUUUGCACAAAACGGAUGUGUUUUCCUGAUAGAAUUGACAGGGAGCAGGGUGUGUGUUUUUUUUUGUGGAAAUGUCAUUACUUCUGGCCUCUACAGUAAUUCAACAUAAAAGUAUUGUGAUUCGGAUAACGUUCAAGUACUCUUUUAAGCUUCCACAUUUAUGUGCAACAUCACAAAUUGUGACAUUUUUUCCUUUACGUAUAUCCGUCUACAGUCGCACCACAUUCGUAUGUGCAGUAUACUUCCUCGCAGAGUCUCUGUAAUCAAUUUGAUGAGAAAACCAUGCACUGGAAAAUCAAGUUGCAGGUUGCAUCUAUACUAAUUAGGUUCAUGUGAUGUCACUUUAAUUGGAAAUGCAUACUGCGCAAAUCUGAUGAAAUUAUUUGGACCUGGCUUAUGUUUCUGGGGUUUUCCUCAGAUAGCCGGUGACCCUAAUGAAGUACUGAUCAAAAUGCCCCGAUGAUUCACACAAAUGUACACAACUGUAACAGUAACUUAAGCUCUGAUUGUACGCAAACUACUGGGCACUGGUGUCAAGUGUUGAGUCCAAGCUUUACCGCUCUGCUCCCUGUACAAUUGAGUUAAAAAAAAAAAAAGCUGAGCAGAGGAAGAGAGAAAAACACAACAACAGUUCCACAUCUUAAUCUAAUUUUACAUUUAAUUGUAAGCUUGCACAAUUAUGACAUGCGGGGAAAGCCGGUUUGUCUUUACUGUGAUUAAUGCAUUAUGUCAUUCUUUAAAAACAAUAAAAGAAGCAGAAGUUUU